AACCACUUCUCUUGCCCGCUUCCAUCGCUGCAACACCUGUUGACCUGAUAACUGCUCUCAUAUCUGACAAACCGAGGGGCGUCCAAAACGUGUUAAUCUGUGUUUUUGUGUGACAGAUUCUCUGCACCGGUGUGAAUCCAUGUCGGCUGUGUGAGACCCCCCCCCUCCUCUUCCUCACCGCUUGUUUAAGAAGUGACGGAGGAGCUGAAGAUAAAACCAGACUAAAGAUGUCCUCCGCCGUCCUCUCUCCGGGGAGGGAAAUGACGGCGCUACAGGCCAACCCGGCCGCCGUCCCCGCUCUGGAGAUCAAACUGGGAGCACUGGCAGUCCUGCUCUCGGUCACUCUGCUGUUUGGGUUCAUGCCGCUCUGCAUCGUGAGGGGGACGGGCCGCUGCAGCGUGGACCCCGAUUUGCGGCGCCGGCUCCUCAGUCUGAUCAGCUGUUUUGCUGGAGGCGUGUUUUUGGCCACCUGCCUGCUGGACCUGCUGCCGGACUACCUGCAGAGCAUCAACGAGGCCUUCAGCAACGCCGGCAUCACGCUCCAGUUCCCUCUCCCAGAGUUCAUCGUUGCCAUGGGGUUCUUCCUGGUCCUGGUCCUGGAGCAGAUCAUCCUGGCCUUCAAGGACCAGUCGUCGUCGGUGACAGAGGAGCGUCGGGCUCUGCUGGUGGAAUCCAGCGUCCAGGCCAACGGGCGUCCCCACUCCCACUCGCACCGCCGCGGCUCAGACGACUCCAACGCCAGCCACUUCCACGUGGACUUCAACUCGCAGUCGGCGCUGCGAGCCUUCAUCCUGGUCUUCUCGCUGUCGCUGCACUCGGUGUUCGAGGGUCUGGCGGUGGGCCUGGUGGAGGAGGGGAAGGAGGUUCUGGAGAUUUGCUUGGCGCUGAUGAUCCAUAAGAGCGUCAUCUCCUUCAGCCUGUCCUUCAAGCUGUGUCAGAGCCGGCUGCGGCGCUCCGUCGUGGUCGGCUGCCUGCUGCUGUUCGCCGUCAUGUCACCGCUCGGCAUCGCCGUGGGGAUCGGCCUCACCGAGACGCGCAUGUCGCCGCAGCACCAGCUGGCCCGCUCCACGCUGGAGGGGCUCGCCGCCGGGACCUUCCUCUACAUCACCUUCAUGGAGAUCCUGCCGCACGAGCUCAGCUCCGCCAGGAACCGCAUCCUCAAGGUCGCCAUGCUGCUGGUGGGCUUCGCCGUCGUCACCGCCGUGCUCUUCAUCAAGCUGUAACCAUGGAAACGGGGACAAGAUUGACACGUGUGACAGAAGAAGCGUGUAAGCUCUGAUGCGUUCACAGACCGUAGAUCAGAUCAGGAGUUUCAUCCUCACAAAGUUUUAAACAUUUUAGAAAAUAACAAAAAAGGUUUUUAAGAAGUCAAACACGGUGACAGCGUUUAAAAAAAAAUACUCAACCUCAGAUCCUCGAUACGACAAACAGGCGGCGGAGAGAUGGUUAAUGAUUAUUGACGGUAUAUAAAUAUGGACGACACAUCACCGUCUCCUUCUGUUGUACUAAACUGACGCUGAAUCCCCCCCAACGACGAGCGCUGACAUAUUCCACUGGUGACCUCGUAGGAGCCAAAAAAAAAACCCACACAUUUAACUUCCUGUUAAGAGGUCAAAGGUCGCUCAGGUGGGUCCGGUCCUCAGCAGAACAGAUCUUUGUGUUAGUCGUGUCAGUGCUCGUUACGUUUCCUCUCACCGCUCUUCUUCUACUCUAAUAAUCCGGUGCACACAGCAAUGCAGGAGCCUCAUUGGUCAACAAAGCUGUCAAUCAUGAGGUUACAUCAUCCUCUUUUUCACAGCAAAUGAUGAGCCAAUCACAGUCAUGAACACUCUGACAUCAUUCAGUAUGAAAAGAACGAACCGAUGAGACAGAAUCUGGGUUUGAGAAACAAGUAUUUGAAGUGUAUUUUGAUUUUAAAGUGCUUUAAUGGUCCAAACAAAUCCAGAGCAUUCAGGAGCAGAAUCUAAAGUUAGAAGGAGGACAUACUGACUGCUGCAUUGUUGUUAGAGAAGCCAGCACUUCAACAUGUUUCCUUAAUGAUCAGAUAGUAAGAUACCUUUAUCAUCUCACUCUCUACACAUCUUACUGAUUGGACCUUUAACUUUUAAAUUAUUCAUCCUGGAAUCUCUUCAUAUGUUUAAAAAUAUUUUACAAUCAGCUUUUAUAAAAUAAUGUUUUUUCUUUUUACUAACCAUGAACCUUUUUCCUUUUGUUAGUUUGCUCUCGGGCAGAGAAGCUUUCUAUCAGUGAGGUCUGCUGUAAAUGCUGGAUGAACUUUAUGGUUCUUUGUUUUUUUGAGGCUUCAAAGGGACGCUUUGAAAAGUCCAGCAGCCUAAAACCCACAAAUAUUCAGUUCAUGGUGACGUAAAUGAGAAGAACUCCACAUCUGAGAAGCUGCUUUUUUAAUGUUUUUAUGUCUUUUCUCUGGAUCGAUCAUUGUUCUUUUGUUCUUUUGCACACAGAUGUCAUGAGUUCUUUGUGUUUAUGAGGGUUAAUUAAAGCCCCCUCCUGAGUUUAAAUGUGACCACAUGCAGCGGCCGAAAACCUCCCAUGUGAUCUCCGAGCUCUGUGCAGUCGACUUCAACAAAUCUCUGCAACAACAAAAUAAACUAAACUUUGAGUUCCCAUGGCGUGAAGAUCCAUCCUGAACACGGACGCAGAGAGAAUGUGUGUAAUCAGUUUUUUUCUUUUUUUUUUCUUCUUCUUUGACGAGCAGCAGAAAAACAGGAAACGCUUUGUUCAACGGGACAAACUCCAACUUCUCCUCCUCUCACUUUUAGAAAGAAAAAAGAAGUCUUUUGAUUGUGACGCUGCAAAGAAGACGCGGCGCUGCACAAACACAAAGAGCCGCUUGUUGUCGUUCAUUCAGAGGAAUUUACUACACUGAAGCGUCCGAGCGGUUUGAGAGCUGCUCUGAUUUAUCCUCUCUUUAUCGUUUAGACGGAGACUCGUGUAUUUUUGUAAUCCUGACACCCGAGUCUGAUUCAAAGCACUACAAUAUUUGAAUUACUGUGUGAAAUGUUCUGUGUUGUGAUGAUCCCCAAAGACUGAAUUAAACAAGAGAUCGUUUUU